AUGAUCGGUGCCGUUACGCGGCGAAGAUACGCCGCCUACGCGUACCCUGGAGCAUCAAGAAUGCGAUGGUUCUUCGUAAAGCCAUAUGUGCGCUGGGAGCCAGAAAAACUGCUACACUACCCUGAGGUAUCGCACGUAGACGAUAGUCGCAUCGACUGGCUCUACAGUGAGCCUAAGGGAAGAUAUGAUGCUGUGGACAUAUAUGGCCCAAAUACUAUAGAGCUCCGUAAUUUGCCCAUGGGAAGAACGCCCGAAUACCUACAGGAAAGACUCAGGCGUUUCUUCUCGAAAUAUGGUACUGUGAGCUUUUGUAGGUGCAUCCCGCAUGAUCUAGACCCUUACCAGUGUAACGGCACGGGAUACGUUACAUUCCGCAGUAAGGAGGCUUCCGUAGCGGCAGCCAGCGCCAAUCUGGUGCUCCCUCAUUCGUUACAUAACAAAGUCAUUGCAAUAAGACAUCUGGACACAGACAAAUCAAACGACCCUCAUUAUGUGUACAAACACCGGCACUACAUAGUGCAGGUCGUAGAUAUCGCAAAACAACUCUACAAAAAACUAACGAAUUUUGGGCCAUGCGCAUUGCGUGAAGUAGCCGAAUGCAUCUACGAACGCAACUUCUACUCAGGGAAAUGGCACAAAGCGGGUCUAUCGGUACUUAUGAGGUUUGGGGCGUGGGACGCUUUUCUCAGACAUCCCACACUCAACGGGAUGUUUGACCUCAAAGAUGGUAUCGUUACGCUGGGAUUACAAUGUACAGAUACCGUGGAGAAAACUUUGCAAAAACUAUUUAUUGAGCAGUCUACGGCUCUAGACGAGGAGCUGUCGGUGCACUGGCGUAAGGGGCGCAUCCCGCUGCCACCACAAGCUCAGAAAGAGGCAGACGAAUUGCACCACCUACCUCCAUUACCGGAGCACCUGCAGCUGCUGUCCAAGAGCCACACCAUGUACCGUAUUCACGACGAGAGGCAUAUGCUGAAAAUACAACUGAAGCAGCAGAGAAAUGAAGCAAGAAGGCUUGCUCGGUCUACUAAAAAGGAAAGCACUGUCGCUCGUGGCACCGCUGGCAUAACUCGAGUCUAA